AUGUCGAAAUUUUGGAGGGAGAACGCUGCCUGGCCUUCACAUCCUAGGAUGCAUAGCUGGCCGUCAAUCGACGCUGAAUGGCGACGUCGUACAAAACUUGCUUUCCUCCCCUUUUAUCUGGCCAAUCGUUCACGCCUUGGCUGGGCUUGGCAAGACGUCUUCGUCCGGUGUGAGUAUGAGGCUUCUGAAUGCGACCUCGAGCCAAUAGCAGCAGAACUGUCGACGCAGGGCGGCAAAACUCCAAGUCUUUCAUACGGUUCCGGAUUGCAUGUGCACCAGGCCUGGGGCAGGAUGGAUGAUGCCCUACGCAAAAGGGAGCAAGAGCAGACAAGAACUCGUAGGCAGAUUGCUUAG